UUGUAGUACCAAGCAACCACUUAAGAAACCAAGAGAGCUAGAGUGAUAUCCACUUGCCUCAGUUGCCAUGGCCUCAAUGCAGUGCUACAAGCCCACAUACGAAACUUGCCAGCAAAAAUGCCAUGAAAGCUCUCAUGGCGGGCACAAGGUGCCUGAUAUGGGUAGCUGGGGAAUGAAAGCAAAUCACCAUGGAGGCUAUGGCUAUGGGAUGGCCAACAACGAGACUUACAGGCAUGACCAAACCCAUGCCUACUACCCAGACCACAACAUGGCUAAAACACAGGCUCAGUAUUAUGGUCAAACCCACAGCCACUACCCAGAACACACCAUGUCCAAAACUCAUGAGGCUUAUAAGUACCAUAGCCAAACCAAUGGCCUUGGUCGACCCUCUGACCACCACGCAAUGGCCCAUGCUAAUUACGGCCAUGGCCAAGCCUAUGGUCAUCAUGCAUCUCAUGGUAUGAGCAUGGCUUGCCAAAUGAAAUCUGAGAAGAAAAUGAAAGAAAAGCAUGCAUCUCAAGGCAUGAGUAUGGCUUGCCAAAUGAAGAGUGAGAAGAAAAUGAAAGAAAAGGGGUCUGAGUAUAAGAAGGAGAAGAUGUCAUACAAGAAGAAGUCCAAGUCAAGCAGGAGGAGCUGCAACGAUUCUGAUGGCAGCAGCGGAAGUGACAGCGAUUGAAGAUAAUGACUGCAUAAAAGCACCGACUAAAGAAGCAGCUAUGUGUGAUCAGAUCAAAUGAAGGUGCUUUGGCAAUUAUAUAAUAAGUAAAUUAAGAAGACUAAUAAGAGUAGAUGCAUGCCCAAUGAAGUGGCUUCAUGAAUAUCUAUAUCUUGUGUCCUAUGUAAGACUAUGGACUAUCUAUAUUGUGGUCUUUAAUAAAAGUCCGUUUAACAUC